AUGACCAAAAAAAGGAGGAACAACGGGUGUGCCAAGAAGGGCAGCGGCCACAUGCAGCCCAUUCGCUGCACGAACUGCGCCCACUGCGUGCCCAAGGACAAGGCCAUUAAGAAAUUCGUCAUCCGCAACAUCUUGGAGGCCGCUGUCGUCAGGGACAUAUCCAAAGCAAGCGUCUUCGACGCCUAUGUGCUUCCCAAGCUCUAUGUUAAGCUGCACUACUGUGUGAGCUGUGCCAUCCAUAGCAAAGUAAUCAGGAAUCGAUCUUGA